AUGACUAUUGCUGCAUAUGCGUAUGAAACAAAUGAAGCAAGAAGAGCACAUGAACUAGUAAACGAAAACUCAACUUUAACCAUUGAAGGCAAUGAUUUAGUCAUUGACGAUGGAAAAACUAAAAAAGUCAUUGAUUUCGAUACUUUUAACACUUAUGACCCAUUCAUUACAACAAGCAAGGUUCCCAUCAUAAAUGAUGGAACGGUGCAAUAUAUAAAUUCAACAGUAGAUGCCUCAUUAGUAAAAGUACUGAAUGUUCUCAUUGAAUUGUUAAAGAGCUUUCGAUUUGACGACAACAUUAAAUGCCUAAAGAAUUUAGUCAUGAAUGAGAAACAAAUUCUCGGCGUUGCUGGUAGCAGUAAUGAUGUACACCUUAUGACAUUAGAAUAUUAUAACGAACAUAAAGAUGAACUGAAAGGAGAGAAGGGUGACACCGGACCUCAAGGACCACAAGGAAUACAAGGAAUACAAGGAAUACAAGGAAUACAAGGACCUCAAGGCGAAAACGGUUUGGAUGGAAAGGAUGGAAAGGAUGGAAAAACUGCUAAAUCAUGGAUAUGGGACCUUAUAAAUACUGGUUUAACAGCUGCUUCAUAUGGAGUUCUUCAAUACCAAAUCGGAAAGAUAUGGGCAGUACUUGGUGAAGAAGCUUUAGAUGACGUUAAAAAUGCUUUGAACCUCAUUUCAAAUGGUUCUGAUACUAUUAAAACUUUAUCUGGUUGGAUGCAAGAAACAAGGAGUCAAAUAGAUACUGUAAGACGUAUAGCAAACAAUGCACGUACGGGAUUGGAUACUUU